AUGCUAGGGGUCGUUUACUCCAUACUACGGAAGCCGCCACUGCGACUAUUCUUGUCGUGCUACGCCUCCUUUCUCCCUUUGUCAAGCUCGUGGCCUAGAAUAGCUUCUGGGUUCAGAAUGGGAGUGACACGUACAACUCCUUCUCGCCAGCAGCAUGCGAACGCCUCCACCCCUACGGACGCUCGAGCUACACGCUCAAGAGCUGUGGCAAGCACCCCCGCAUCGUCCAGGAAGCGAAAAGCGACUGAACAGAAUGUCACACCAAGCGCGUCAUCAAAGAAGUCGCGUCGAUCCGCUACAACUGGUUCGUCCAAUGAUACCGUCGAAGUGAUCGACUUGACUGGCGACACCCCUAGCCCUGCUAGAAGAAGAGCUCGAGCACCAGCAUCAUAUGACGAGCCGACUCCUGAACGCCGAGCGAGAAGAUUCCGUACCCACCCUCCCAGCACAUAUCUUGAUAGAGCUGCGCGUGCACUAUCCCAGCGCAUGUUCGUUGUCGGACAUAGUGUCACGGAAGUCGAUGAUGCGCCCGAGAUAUCUUUCGACAUCGUCGGUACCACUGGCAACAUCUAUAAGACAACGAUAGGGAAGGUGCCAUCUUGCAGCUGCCCAGAUGCUCUAAAAGGGAAUCAAUGCAAACACAUCUGCUAUGUCCUAGUCAAGGCCCUUAGAGCGCCCCAGCAUCUUCAAUAUCAGUUAGCAUUCUUGUCGUCGGAACUCCGAGAAAUGUACAACGGCUCUCCCAUCAGCCGCGAGCAGGCCCACGCUGAAGAAAACAGGGACGGGAAUAGGAAGCCUGUUGAAGGCGACUGCCCGAUCUGCUUCAUGGAGUUUGAACCCGACAAAGAAGAGAUAGUAUGGUGCCGAGCAGCAUGCGGAAACAAUAUACACAAGACUUGUUUCCAGAAGUGGGCCGCAACUCAGCAAGCUCAAGGAGUGAGAUGCGUUUAUUGCCGUUCUCCUUGGCAAGCAGAUACUGGUAACAUGAAACUUGAUGAACUGGUCAAAGGAGCCAGUGUAGAUUCUGAUGGCUACGUCAAUGUAGCCGAUCAGCUCGGCCUGUCUGGAAUUCGCGAUUGUUCAACAUAUCAUCCUUACUGGGUGCACCGGCAAUCGUCUCGUUAUGGUUCGCGACGUGGUAGAGGUGCGUGGGACUACGCCAACCGAUAUUAG